GCACAUUCUACUGGGCUUCACGUGUGACAGUUUUCCGUGCGCGAGAAGUUUCUUAUAUAGAUUAUUCCACAAUUUUCGUGUCUUUUUCAACACUGAGUGGCCCCAGAAAUUGACCAAAAGAUGUCCGAGGUCGUGAUAUCCGCUCGCGCCUAUACCAAAAUGGUCUUCCACGCGGCAAAGUAUCCACACUGUGCCGUGAACGGCGUGCUGCUGUCCACCAGAGAUGCCACCAAGUCCCGGAACUACGAGAUUGUCGAUGCCAUUCCGCUUUUCCACAUCUGUCUCCACCUUUCGCCCAUGGCCGAGGUGGCCCUGGUGCAGGUUGAAGCCGCGGCGGCCGAGGAGGAUUUGCAGAUCUGCGGCUACUACAGCGCGGCUGAGAAUUACAAUGACAACAGCCUGGAGAGGGCGCCGGGUGCCAAGCUAGCCGACAAGAUCGCGGAGAACAUUCCCAACUCGUGCUUUGCCGUGAUCGACAAUCGCGCUGUGUGCCUCAACAUGGAGCGUCCGGCCGUGAGGCUGUGGCAGAGCGUGGAGCAGCGCUGGACCAAGGCGACGCCGCGGCUGGCGAAGGGCGAUGUGACGCUGUCUGCGGUGUCGACGCUGCUGCAGCGCGGCGCCAUGAAGGAUCUGGUGGACUUUGACAACUACCUGGACAACACGGAGAACGACUGGCAGAAUGCGCACCUCAAUCGAGAUCUCAAUCAGAUUUUAGCCAUGUAUUAAAAAUGAUGUUUAUUUAAAUUUAUAUUACAGAGCGCAAUUAACAAUUGUGGUUAAAGAGAAGGGGGAAUAAAUCAAGUGAGAAACUG